AUGGAAACUGUGGUCUUCUCAGUUAUAGUACGAGUAACAUACAUUUGUUAUCUUGAAAAGUCAAUGAAAGAUUAUAUAGACCAUCCAGAGUCUUUAAAUUGCUCGGGAACGAACGAGGCGAAGUAUCCGGUGAUCGUUUGGAUCCACGGCGAGUCGUAUGAUUGGAACUCAGGGAAUCCGUAUGACGGCCGAGUUUUGGCCGGAUAUGCGGAUGUGGUGGUAGUUACCAUCAAUUAUAGACUCGGAAUUCUAGGGUUUCUGAAUGCAAACGUGGCGCCGCACGUGAACGCCCGCGUGGCGAAUUACGGGCUCAUGGACCAGGUGGCGGCGCUGGACUGGGUGCGGCAGAACAUCGGGCUCUUCGGCGGCGACCCCACGAGCGUCACCCUCGUCGGUCACGGCACUGGCGCCGCUUGCAUCAACUUCCUCAUGAUCUCCCCGGCCGUCGUCUCCGGGCUGUUCAACCGGACGGUACUGCUCUCGGGUUCGGCGCUGAGUUCGUGGGCGCUGGUGGAGGACCCGGUGAUCUUCGCGGUGCGACUGGCGCAGCAGGUGAACUGCUCGAUCCCGGAGAACCUGUACACGGACCACGAGCAGAUCGUCGACUGCCUCCGGGACGUCCCGCUGGAGGAGCUCAUGCGGGCCGACGUCUCGCCGCCGGCCUUCCUCAGCGCCUUCGGCCCCUCCGUCGACGGCGUCGUCAUCCGCACCAACUUCCAGUCCGAGAUCAUGACCAACUUCCUCCCCGAGCUCCAGGGCUACUCCGCCGGCAGCGUCGCCAUGGGCAACCUCGGACACCUCAAGAAAACCACCGAGUUCAUAGGUUACAGCAGGUAUAGCGCGAUAUUCGGGGUCUCGACGUCGGAGUCGCUGAACAAGUUCUCGAACGUGGACGUGCAGAAGGGCUUCGACGGGGACCGGCGGGACAAGAUCCUGCGGACGUACGUGCGCAACGCGUACACGUACCACUUGUCGGAGAUCUUCUUCACGGUGGUGAACGAGUACACCGACUGGGAGCGGACCGUCGACCACCCGAUGAACACCCGCGACGCCACCAUCGCCGCCCUCUCCGACGCCCAGUACGUCGCGCCCCUCGUCCAGAUCGCCGACCUCCACUCCACCCCCUCGGCCAAGAUCUCCAGCAACGUCAAGAGCUUCUUCUUCGUCUUCGACUACCAGACCAAGGACAGCGAGUACCCCCAGCGGAUGGGAUCCGUGCACGGUGAAGAACUGCCCUACUUAUUUGGAGCGCCCCUGGUGGAGAGUUUUAGCCACUUCUCGCAUAAUUACACCAAGGCCGAAGUGACUCUCUCAGAAACUUUCAUCGUCUAUUUGACGAAUUUCGCGCGCACAGGGAAUCCAAAUGAAUUUCCAGCUCAGCAGGACUCGUCUGCCUCAACACUCAAGGACAAAGUACGGUAUCAUAGGAAUAUCAGCUGGGAAGGAUAUGACCCCGUUCAUCAAAAGUACCUCGAAUUUAGUUUGAAACCCAGGAUGAAGAAUCAUUUUCGGGCGCAUCAAUUGUCUGUUUGGUUACGGCUCAUUCCCGAACUUCAUCGAGCAGGGAUGGAGGACGUGGUGGCGCGUCACAACCUGUUCCGGAACCACAACGACGGUGAGCUCUACGACGGGGUGGUGCGAGCCGACCCGCUGUCCCGGCCUGGCCCGGCCGGCGGUGGUUCCGGGCCGGAGCCGAACCGGCACCUCUCCGGCUCGAGCUCGGUCGGCGGGGGUGGCCCGAGCAACGGGACCGUGGCCGAGAUCCUCUCGGCGCCGACGACGGUGACCCCCGAGACGGCCCUGACGACCUGCAUGAGUCUCCCCGUCUCCGUCCACUCAGCCGCCAACGCCACCGUCGAGCGGGAGCUCCCUGGCUACACCGUCAACUCCACCGCCUUCUGGAUCACCGUCGGCAUCGGCUGCACCCUCCUCGUCCUCAACCUACUCAUCUUCGCUAGUAUAUACUAUCAGCGUGACCGAUCCAAGAUGGAGUCGCACAAGCAGCACAACUCAUCUAUCAUCGGCAUCUCCGGUGGACCGGCAGGACCGCCGGAGCACUCGAAGAACUGGUCGACGGAGCCGAACAACUACACCCGGGUGGACGUGGAGUCGAGUCUGUACCAACAAGGCUACGUCUACCAACCGGGGCGGCAGUUCGGGUUCAACACGCUGCCGACCAAGGCGCAGCUCGCCAAGCAGUUGAUGCCCAACGAUCUGACCUCGACGCUGCCCUGCCCGAGUCAGAUCCACCACUCGGCGUCGUCGACGUUCCUGCACAACCCGGGGGCGCCGGGGCCCCCGAACGGCUCGGUGGCCAUGCAUCUGCCGGUGCCCAAGCCCCCCCAGGCCCCCCGGAGCAAGUCCCCGCCCGAGACGACCCCCCUCAUCCAGCAGCCGACCCCCAUUCUCAAAGUGCCUACCGCCGCCAUGAGUGAGAUGCGAGUUUGAGGCUCGGUCCUGCCCGUCGGGGGAGGGGAGGGUAGUCAACGCGUCAGCUUUCUCUCUCUCUCUCGCACUGAACUUUGAAGUGUAAAGAUGAGCUGGUCGAAUUUAACCAGAGACAAGAGACCCUCCGCUGGCCUCCUAGCGACAGAUGGAAGCUUUUAUACUUUCGAGGUUUCAACAAUUCCUUAUGGACAAUUAUUGGGGAGCAACAGUCAUCACCCUAGUUUCGGCUGUUGACU